GUUAUCUACUCCAGUCAACUGGAAUCUCUGUUAAAAAAAAGCUUACUUUAGCAGCAACAAUGGCGGCAACCGUCACCAAUUUUCAUCCAGUCUUUCUCCUCUCUGACUCCGACUCCUAUAUCUCGUCCAAUCCCAGAAAACCCAACUUCUCAAAACGCUUAUUUACCACUUCCCCUCUUUUAUUCCCAACAAUUGUCAGCCAUGCUCUUACUCAAAAUACCCCUCCUUACUCUUCUUCUUCUAAGCCCAAAUUAAAAAAGACAGGUGGUCUUGAUUCUUCAGAGAAAACCCAGAAGCUAAAUUUGCAGGUUUCACCUCACAGAGCUGUUGCUGCUGUGAGGUUGAUGCGGAUAGAGUUCGGUGGUGCUUUCGCCGAUCUUCUAAAUGAGAGAGGAAAGGGUUCAGGGAACAACGAGAUGGAAUAUGUCGAAAGAACUCUUGGAUUCCGCACCAGAGACCUAGAAGAAAGAGAUCUCAGAAUGGUUACUAACAUUGUUGGUGGUGCAAUUCGUUGGAGAAAAUAUCUAGAUUAUCUGAUUCUUUCGUUGUGCCAUGACGAAAUAUCCUUCAGGAACAUGGAGCCUCUGCUAUUACAGAUUCUUAGGAUUGGAUUUUAUGAGAUUGUUAAACGGGAAAUGCCACCAUAUGCUGUUGUUGACGAGAAUGUGAAUCUUGCCAAGUUUGCUCUUAGACCAGGUGCAGGGAACAUGGUGAAUGGGAUACUCCGAAAGCUAGUUUCACUUAAGGAUAACGACUCCCUUCCUGUACCCAAGUUAGACGGUAACGAUCGUGCUCAAGCACGUGCCCUUGCUACUACUCAUUCCCAUCCAGUGUGGAUGGUAAGACGGUGGACCAAGUAUCUUGGACAAGAAGCAGCUAUAAAAUUGAUGAUAUGGAAUAAUACUGAUCCAAGUUUCAGCUUACGGGCCAAUAUUGCAAAAGGAUUAACUCGAGAAGACCUCAUUACGAAGCUUAACAUCUUGAAGGUUCUACAUGAGCCUUCCUCGUAUUUGGAUGAUUUUGUCUGCAUCAGAAGAGGGAUGCAGAUUGUGAUACAAAAUGGAUUUCUUAAAGAAGGCUUAUGUUCGGUCCAGGAUGAGAGUGCAGGUCUAGCUGUCUCUGUUCUGGAUCCACAACCUGAUGAUUGCAUUAUUGAUUGCUGUGCUGCUCCUGGGGGGAAGACACUCUUCAUGGCAUCUCGCUUGAAAGGCCAAGGUAUGAUAUCAGCAAUUGAUAUAAAUAAAGGUCGUCUACGGAUUCUUGAAGAAACAGCCAAGCUGCAGUGUGUUGAUAGUGUGAUCUCUUGCAUCCAUGCUGAUCUUCGAUCCUUUGCAGACAGCAACAAUUUGAAGUUUGAUAAAGUUCUGCUAGAUGCACCAUGUUCUGGCCUUGGUGUACUUUCCAAAAGGCCGGAUUUGCGCUGGAAUAGAAAGCUGGAGGAUUUGGAAGAGCUAAAGUCAUUGCAGGACGAGCUGUUGGAUGCUGCUUGCAAGCUGGUCAAAGCAGACGGUGUGCUUGUGUACAGUACCUGCUCCAUUGAUCCUGAAGAAAAUGAAGAGAGGGUCUCUGCAUUUCUUAUCAGACAUCCGGAAUUCCAAAUAGAGCCUGUUGACAGAUAUGUUCCAUCUGAGUUUUCAACUGAACAAGGAUUCUACCGCUCAUGCCCAGUGAAGCAUUCAAUGGAUGGAGCUUUUGCUGCACGUCUUGUUCGAUGGCAGUAAGUAAGGAUAUGAGAAGGCCAUGUAUGUGUCAUUUCCCUUUCUGAUACGGGACAACAAAUGUCAAAUGCUUGUGUUGCUGAACGAGUUUAUACAAGAAGCAAAUCUUGAUAUAGGCCUGAAGAAUUAGCAGGUUGCUGAUGCUGAUGCUGAUGCUGAUGCUGAUGCUGACAGUCAGGGGACAAAGAUAAGAAUAUCAAUGAUUUGAUUUCUAAAGCAAGUUGGUCAUAUUCCUUGCUGAACAACCAGUAAUGAGGACGAUGGUGCAAAUUUCGUAGCAUGUUAUAGGCAGUAGUGGUAUUAUUAGUCAGAUUGAACUCCCAACUUUUCUGUUCGAUUGGUAGAACGCUUUUAAUCUACCAAAAAAGUAUACAAAACCCUAACACCACCUACAUGGCUACAUCCUUGUCAAGUAGGUGUAGUUGUUGACGCUGUAAAAAUGCUACUACGGAAAGUAUUUGUCAACUUGGUUUAGUGCUUGCC